GAUGCCUGAGUUUCAAAAGAAAUCCGUCCACAUUAAGGACCCUGAGAGAGUAGAAGAAUUAAUAUGCAGGCUCAUAAAAGGUGGUGCUUCCAAACUUCAGGUUAUCACCGAUUUUGAUAUGACCCUAAGCAAGUUUUCCCACAAUGGAAAAAGAUGUCCUACAUGCCAUAAUAUUAUUGACAACAGCAAACUUAUCACAGACGAAUGUCGAAAAAAGUUAUUUCAGCUGAAAGAAAAAUACUAUGCUAUUGAAAUCGACCCAGACCUCACUAUGAAAGAAAAAUAUCCAUACAUGGUUGAAUGGUAUAUGAAAUCUCACACCUUAUUGAUUGAUCAGCGUUUGCAAAAAGACAAACUAGCAGAAGCUGUAAGGGAAUCUGAUGUCAAGCUCAAGGAAGGCUAUGAAAUGUUCUUUGACAUACUCCAUAAGCAAAGUAUUCCAGUCUUCAUCUUUUCAGCUGGACUUGGAGAUAUAUUGGAAGAAGUUAUACGUCAGGCUGGAGUCUACCACCCCGACGUAAAAGUUAUUUCCAACUUUAUGGAGUUUGAUGAGAAUGGAAUAAUAACAGGAUUCAAAGGAGAACUAAUACAUGUGUACAAUAAACAUGAUGGUGCCUUAAAGAAUACAGAGUACUUUGGCCAUCUAAAGGACAAUAGUAAUAUCAUUCUGCUUGGGGACUCCUUAGGAGAUUUAGCUAUGGCUGAUGGAGUGCCAAAUGUGGAAAAUGUCCUUAAAAUAGGAUUUCUUAAUGACAAGGUAGAAGAACUGAUAGAAAAAUACAUGGACUCCUAUGAUAUAGUCCUUGUCAAAGAUGACACAUUGGAUGUAGCCAACUCAAUCAUACAGAAAAUUCUAUAAGCUGCCCUGAGGCAGGACCUUGCUUUUCAUAAAAAAAAAGAAAGGAUUUUAAAUUAUUUCCUGUUGUAAGGUUUUACAUGUAUAUUAACAAAAUCGUAAUAUUAUUGCAGUGACAACUAAAAGCACCUUAUUUUUCAGCAUGAUGCUGCUUUCUUAUACAGUGUCACAUUUUUUUAAACAUUUUGAUUUAUGCAAUCAUUUCAUUGCCUUCACCCGCCUCUUCCUGGAAAAAGGAAACAUUAAUAGUGAAUUAAUAUAUUUAUUUUCAUAUGUACUUUUAAAGUGUUGUAUUUUGUCUGUGUGUAAAUGUUUUCUAAAGGCCAACUAGUGUGCAUGAUUCCAAGUGCUGUUUUUUUUUUAUGUAUGUAAAACUUCUGCAAUACAUUUAUAAUUCAGUACUA